AAAAGCCCGCCGGGUCGAUCGACCUAAAAUACAGAGCUCCAUGCGGCACGGUAUGCGGCGCCCGAAGCGCGACACGGCCUUGCCGAGAGAUGGCAAAUCAGAGCCGCAAGUUAGUCAGCCGCGGAGGGUGGAGACAGCGGACUGGGCUGUUUCAGGAAGUGAUCUCCGAAGGAGCGGGCAAUGGGGGGGGUCACGUGAUUGGGAGGCGUUGAGGCUGGGUGAGUCCAAUCUAUUCACGGGUCGGGCCUUGGAUAUUUCCGAAAAUGCUUUAUUUCCGUAGGAAGAUAGUCAUCAGCCUUGUUUUGGGGGUUUGCCCCCGAGGAAAAGAGUGUGUAUAUGUAUCUAGCAGUGUGCUUGUUCUAGUAUUGCCCUCUGUCCAGUGUCGACUUGCGCUGCUGCCAGAGUAAAGGUCCAGAAAGUAAACGGAUUUGCCUCUUUCAAACCCGGUGGAAAAUAUCAAGUGCAC